CCCCCAUCGCACCUCAGCUCACUCUGUGUGGACCUUAAGAUCAUGGCCAUCCAGGAGAGGAGAACUGAUCCAGGGGCUGUCUUGGCUGUUGUUUCCACAGAGACAGAUCACCAGGCCUUUCUUCUGCAGCACUCCUGGCUCCUCUGCCUCCCAGGCAUCAUGCUGCCGCUCCUGCUGGUGCUGCUGGGCCCGGCUGCCUCCUGGGCUCUGGGCCCGGCGGCCGGCUCCUCUGAACUGCGCUCAGCCUUCUCGGCGGCGCGCACCACUCCCUUGGAGGGCACGUCGGAGAUGGCCGUGACCUUCGACAAGGUGUACGUGAACAUCGGUGGCGACUUCGACGCGGCCCGGGGCCAGUUCCGCUGCCGCGUCCCGGGCGCCUACUUCUUCUCCUUCACGGCGGGCAAGGCCCCGCACAAGAGCCUGUCGGUGAUGCUGGUGCGCAACCGCGACGAGGUGCAGGCGCUGGCCUUCGAUGAGCAGCGGCGGCCCGGCGCGCGGCGCGCCGCCAGCCAGAGCGCCAUGCUGCACCUGGUGGGCUCCGACGCGGACCCCGGGCCGCGCCACCGGCCGCUGGCCUUCGACACCGAGCUGGUCAACAUCGGCGGCGACUUCGACGCGGAGGCCGGCGUGUUCCGCUGCCGCCUGCCCGGCGCCUACUUCUUCUCCUUCACGCUGGGCAAGCUGCCGCGCAAGACGCUCUCGGUGAAGCUGAUGAAGAACCGCGACCAGGUGCAGGCCAUGAUCUACGACGACGGCGCGUCGCGGCGCCGCGAGAUGCAGAGCCAGAGCGUGAUGCUGGCCCUGCGGCGCGGGGACGCCGUCUGGCUGCUCAGCCACGACCACGACGGCUACGGCGCCUACAGCAACCACGGCAAGUACAUCACCUUCUCCGGCUUCCUGGUCUACCCCGACCCCGACCCCGACGUCGCCGCCCGUCCGCCGGGUGCCGGGCUCCCGGAGCUCUGAGCCCGGGCGGAGAGGAGCCCCGUGCGGCCCGGGGCCUUGCAUGCCGAGUCUGGGCCCGAACUCCCCGCCGGCGCGAGCAUGACGGCCUGCCCAGCGCCGCUGGACUCUGCCAAUAAAGUGGGCCAGCGCCGGCCUCUGUCUC